AACCCAGAUCAUCCCUAACCACCCAUCCACCGUGCAGCCAAUACAGUAAGUAUACCAAGCAUACUUCAUUAUAAUAAAAUGUUAUUUAAUGACUUUAUUGUGCGUGAAUAAAUAUGUACUCACGUAUAUUCCAUCCACGUUAAAGGUGAAGUUCCCGAUGGCGACGGGAUAUUUGUUCCCCCUGAACUGCACCUUCAGCAGCCCCUCGAAGCCCCACCUCAUGAAGGAGGCGUGAGACAGCCAGGAAGCGACUGGCCAGCCACAUGUUCUCCAGGCUGAUGACGAAGCCUCCGGUCAGGUAGAAGACGGUGAAGAGGGAGUUGCCCAUGAAGGCGGAGGUCUGCAGGGUGGGCAGGGCGGCGGCCACGAAGAGCGCCAUGGAGCGGCUGCAGUAGACCAUCAGCCACACCAGCAGGAGGUUGAGCAGGAAGCGGUCUGGCGCCUCGUUCAGGCCAGCCAGCCAGUAGAUGGGCAGGCCGUAGACCAAGGUGAAGACGCAGUGUUCUGGAACUAGUUUGCACCCUCUGCUCUCACGUCCUGGAAAGAGAGUCCCAUGGUCAUGUCCCGUUGUUCUGCUUCGUGCUGCGUUUUGAGUCGUCCUUCUGUCUUCUCUCUAUACAAGCGUGGAUCAAAGUUCCCUUGUGAUAAGGCCCCCCAGCCUGCAGUGUGUUUAUGGCUCUGCGGCUGCUGUUGGUUAUUUAGUUAGAGCGGUUGUGGAGCAAAGGCAGCGGAGGACAUGAACAGGCUCUACUCGGUGCAGCUGGACCAGGUCAGCCCAGGGAAUGAGGCCAGAGAGUCCUUCAAGUUUGUGUCUGAGGUGAUGAAAGAUGUCGGAGAAGAAAGGACGGAGCCUUGUUGCUGUCUCAGUGUCGGCAAGAUGUCCUACUCGGUCAGUGAGCGUGUGGGGCCCUGGUGGGACUUGCCCUCCUACAGGAAGCGAUGGACUCGUCAGAUCCUUAACGACGUCUCCUUCCAUGUGGACAGCGGGCAGAUUAUGGGCAUCCUGGGCAACUCAGGUUCCGGAAAGACCACAUUGUUAGACGCCAUCUCAGGGAGGAUCAGAAACUCUGGGACAUUGUUGGGUGAAGUAUUUGUCAACGGAAGGAAACUAGCAAGAGAAGAGUACCAGGACUGCUUCUCAUAUGUGCUGCAGAGCGACAACCUGCUGAGUUAUCUGACUGUGGAGGAGACUUUGACCUACACGGCCCAGCUGGCUCUCAAAAACUACAGCGCUAACGCCAUACACAAGAAGGUGUCUGCGGUGAUGGCGGAGCUGAGUUUGAGUCACGUGGCCCACAGUGUCAUCGGGGGUCGCAUCUUCCCGGGAAUCUCUGGAGGUGAGAGGAGGAGGGUGUCCAUCGCCAGCCAGCUCCUUCAGGACCCCCGGGUGAUCCUAUUGGACGAGCCCACCACGGGCCUGGACAGCAUGACGGCCAAUCAGAUCGUGGUGCUGCUGGCUGAACUGGCCCGCAGGAACCGCAUCGUCGUCGUCACCAUCCACCAACCUCGCUCUGAACUUUUCAGGUUGUUCAGCAGGAUUGCUGUGAUGAGCCGUGGUGAGUUGGUCUUCUGCGGCCAACCAGAGGAGAUGGUGGACUUCUUCAGCCAGUGUGGAUACGAGUGUCCCGAAUAUUGCAACCCCUUUGACAUCUACGUGGACUUCACUUCGGUGGACACGCGCAGCAGCGAGCGCGAGGCGGCCACCUUCAGCCGCAUGCACGAGAUCAUGUGCUCCUACCAGACGUCGGCCAUCUACAGGAGCAUGCUGGGGAAGAUGACGCAGAGCCUGCAGAGGCACGACAAGGCCGCCAUUCCUUUUAAGAGCAAAGAGUCGCCCGGCGGUGCCGCCAAGCUGGGCGUGCUGCUCAGGCGGACCAUGCGGAACCUGUCCAGAGACCGUAUGGGGGUCAUCAUGCGUCUGUCCCAGAACCUGAUCUACGGCCUCUUUGUGGCCUUCUUCGUCAUGCAUCUGGACAUGGACGUCGCUAAGGGGGCGGUGCAGGAUCGCAUCGGUAUCAUCUACCAGAGCGUCGGAGCCUCGCCGUACACGGGAAUGCUGAACGCCGUCGCUCUCUUUCCUGCCCUGAGAGCCAUCAGUGACCAGGAGAGUCAGGAUGGAUUGUACAAUAAAUGGCAGAUGUUCCUUGCCUACAUUUUCCACAUUCUACCCUUCAGCAUUCUCAGUAUCUUCAUCUUCACCUCCUUCCUCUACUGGACUGUGGGGAUGCACCCUGAGACGUGGCGCUUCCUGUGUUUUACUGCAGUGGUCAUGGUUCCUCACGUUAUAGGUGAGCUAAUGACUGUGGUUCUGUUGGGAGUGGUCCAAGAUCCAAACAUGGUGAACACCGGAAUGGCUCUGCUCAACAUAGCAGGGAUCCUAGUGGGCUCCGGAUUCCUGCGAAGUAUGGCACAGAUGCCGACCGUGUUCCAGUGGCUGAGCUACUUGACGUACCAGAAGUACAGCUGUGAGCUCCUCAUCGUCACAGAGUUCCACGGGCUUCACUUCACAUGCAAUCAUUCCAAACCACUCCCAGGUGAUUGUCUCAUCACUCAGGGCGAUCAGAUCAUCGAUGAGGGAUACCCUGGUGCUUUGUCCCGCUACACUCUGGACUUUGUCCUGCUGUAUUCCUUUCUUCCCGCCCUGCUGCUAUUGGGAAUGCUCAGCUUCAAGAUCAGAGACCGACUGGUGCUCCACUGACCUCUUCUUUCUUUUGGUUAGCACGCGGGCCUCACAGCUAAAGGACCCAAGAUCAAUUCCACCCUCUGCCAUCUCUGUGUGGAGUUUGCCAGGUAGCCGGUACUCCGGUUUCCUCCCACAUUCCAAAAACAUGCUAGGUUAAUUGGCGACUCCAAAUUGUCCAUAGGUAUGAAUGUGAGUGUGAAUGGUUGUUUGUCUAUAUGUGCCCUGUGAUUGGCUGGCCACCAGUCCAGGGUCUACCCUGCCGCUGGGAUAGGCUCCAGCACCCCCUCGUGGGGACAAACGGUAGAAAAUGAAUGAAUGAAGUCUGCAUUCCCGCAUUCAGUUGAGGUUACUAUGGUGACCGCAUGAAACAAUUGCACUAAUUUUUACAUUUUUUUGUAGCAUUGCUGGGUUUGAAACACAUGGCGGUCAGUUCCUGUGAUUCCCUUUAUGAUGGAAUAAUUUCCAAGAACUGAGCAUUUAUGUGGCAUCUUUGCCCUGAUUUAACAUGACUCCUCACGUGGAACCUAGCAAUGAGUGAAUGUUUUUGCACUUUCAGAACUGACUAUUGACUAUAAGUCAAAUGUUUAUUCUUCCACAUAUAGAACUUCCAGAAUACUAAAAGAUGUUUGAAUAUAAAGCCCAUGUUGUUAUUUGUGGUAGUUUACCUUUGAGUAAAGCGCUGAUGUACUUCAUGUACAACGAUAUGAAGGGGACUAAUACAUAGUUACAUGAUUUGUGUCUUAAUCCUUAAAAAACUUUGCCAUUCAUCCAUCUUUUGCAUCACUUGUGCCCAACAGUAUGUCCUACGUGUCCAAUUCCAGGCCUUUCCAUGACUUUGCUGCAUUCUUCUUGUACUGUUCCAACUCCUACAAAUAGAUUGGAAGGGAGAAUGAGGUCAUGACACACCAUAAAAGCCUCCAUAAAUUCAAAUCUGUGUCAGGCAGACCUUUCACACUUCAAAGGUAGCAUCAUGUGAUUCGGAGGUAACUACAGGUUACAAGACAUGGAGUCACUGUUUAUGAACUCAACCUUCUAGUUCUUUACAACUGGCCUUGUAUUGGAUAUCAGUGUGCAAGUGUUGCUAACUGAUGUGUGGUUGUGUAUCACCUGAUCUUUCUGCGCUCGCAUGGCAUCGAUCUGAGGUUCGCUGUAUUGAGGGUCCUUGGCUGGAUCCUUCAGUUCUUUCUGCUCACUGAUGCUCUACAAAGAAACUACAAUUAAUGACUUUUUAAUUAGUGCGAAAAAAGUGCUUGGCUGACCUCUGGGGGGAAGAUUUGUUCAUAGACUUUCUUCCACAGGUCUUUGGGGUUUCUGGCGUGCAGGGAAGUAAUGUCCACAUCAGUCGUGGGAGGUGAUCCUGACACAUUUAAACCAACAACAAUCGAAUUAUAAGUGACAAUAUACAUGUAUGCGAUUCGGGAUGUUAAUAUUUGUACAUGCUUUACUUAUAUUGGCCACAAGAGGGCGCCAUGCUCACCGAUUUGGCUGAGGGAGUCAGAGCCUGCUGGAAUGAUGAGUGGCUUACUGGAGUCACAUGACAUUGUUUUACUGAAAUUA